AUGCCUUCUGUUGUUUUUGACGUUGUAGGAACUUGUUUCUCAUAUGACAAUGGUGCCGAAGCCGUUCAAGCCCGACUUGGUGACAAACUCGCCAAGUAUGGUAUUCCUUCCAAACUUCUCUUCUACGCUUGGGUAACCGGUACCGAACGAGACUAUUCAUAUCUAUCCCAAAUCAAACAAUACAAACCCUUCUUUGACAUCAUGUCCAGCACUCUCACGCGUGUCCUUUUCCAAGCCGGUGUACCCGCAGAAGACCUCGACGGUUUCUUCACCGAUGAUGAUUUACAGUACAUCAGAGAAGAGUACAAGCAGCUUAAGCCCCGACCUGGACUCAAAGAAAUGAUGCAAACAUUGCGAGAUGGUGGAUUUGAGGUUUGGUGUUGCUCUGAUGCCAAUGUCGACCGAGUAAAAGGAUACUUCGACAAAGCAGGUGUAGAGAUGCCCUUGGAUCACGUUUUAUCUGCGGAUAUGGUUAGCGCUGGUAAACCGGAACCAGAGGUAUACAAAUUCGCAAGAGAAAAGGCUGGAUCUGAUAAGCCAGGAGAGGUUUCCAUCUUUGCUGCAUCUCACGCAUGGGAUACCGCUGCUGCCAAAUCCGCCGGCUUCCUCACUGCUUACACCACCACCUACGAGUACGAUGAGUGCACCAACAUCUUCGGCAAGUCGGACUUUGUUGCCCCAGAUCUUAUAUCGUUGGGUAAAGGUAUAGUAGAAAAAUGGGGUAAGAAGUAG